AGGGCCGGCGGGGCGCGCGGGCCGGGAGCUGAGGGCAAGAGCGGGGCCGGGAGCUGAGGGCAGAGCGGGGCCGGGAGCUGAGGGCAGAGCGGGGCCGGGCAGGGGCGCUGCCUCCCGGGAGGGCGCCUGGAGCGGAUCCCGGCCCGUGCUCGCCACCGGAGCCGCCUUCCCACCGGCCGUGCUGGGGGGCGGCUGGUGGCGGGGCCACGGGACGGGGAGGGCGGUGUGAAAUCGCACGGCUGUAGGCAGGAGCGAGCUGGGGGACCGAGGGAGAGAGACCUGCCCGGCUUUCCCUCGCUUAUUCUGCUGGGUUUGCAAGAAGGUCUGAGAAGGGGCUCUGAAAGGUGUUUUUAUGUAAAAAGCAAGAAACUCACAGUAGAAAAACAGGCAACGCACAAUGUCCUUUCAGCUCUCCUUCAUCCCCACCUUUUAAAAUGAAAGUUAAAAGCAAAUCCUGUAUGGAUAAAGGAAAGCUACUGAGCUUCAGAUUUGUUUAUUAAGAAAGGCAGUUUCUUCUGCCUUUACAGCCUCGAUCUUGGCUUUUCUUCCGUUUCUCCUAAGUGUAAUGCUGGCAGGGAGGAUUCCCUGCGAGGUUUAGCACUGGAUGCUUUUUUCUGUCUCCUCAGUUGUUCUGAUACACUGAUGUGGGGCUUUUGUGGAUAAGCUGCAAUACAUAAUAUACAUUGGUAUAUAUGUACUGGCUAAAUAGGUGACCUUUCUAUUCUGAGUCAUUAAGUUAUAUUUGUUAGGGUAUCUUUAUCCCCAGAUCGUUUAUGCCUCCCGUUCAGUAUUGGCCACUUGCCUUCUUCCCUCUCCCCCAUUACAUCAUUUAUAACCUCACGUAUAUAGCCGGAGUUUGGGAAAAAAAGUUUCUAUUGUUGUGAGAACCUCUAUAAUAUGCCUUAGUGAGAAAAACUCACAGUUCUUGGCUGUGCAGAACAUGCAGUCGUGUGCAUGACUUAAGUGCUGUGCCGAUAUAUAAAGGGUCCUGUAGCUUAAAACCACGUCUCACAGCUGUAAAAGCCUGUUGUGGAGUCCUGUACUUUCUAAUUUAUAAUCAGAUUGUGAGCUUCCAUGAACUAGCUACUAGGUGUGAGAAUUGUGCCUGCUGUGGGCAUUAUGCUCUUACUUCUGUAUGAAAAUGACAACUACUAGGAGAUAAUAUUCUUAAGCAAGCUGAAUCAACAAAUCAAAUAGAAAAAAUAUUUAAAAUGUUUAUUAAUACACCAAAAACUUGAUAAAAUAUCAGCAAUCAAAGCGGUAGGUUUUUAUAUGCAACAUAGUAGCAUUGUAAAUGAAAAGGGCAUUGGUGAGGAUAUGUAAGAUUUGAAGUACACAUGUAAGCUUUGUUGAAGAUCUGGGAUACAAGCAGUAUAACAUUUCCUUUUUUGUUUUUAAGGCAUUCUAUAAUACUACUUAGAAGAGCACGUGGAAUACAUUAUUAAAAGAAGCAGUAGAGCAGCUUGACUUAUUACAGAACCAUGGUUCGACUAACAGUGGACCUAAUUGCUAAAUAUGCCAGUCGCAAGAACCGUACUCAAGAGGACUUUGGAAAAUACGUGCAAAAAGUUACUCAUCUGAAUUUUUCAGCUCAAAAUAUAGAUUCAAUUGAUGACCUCCCUUUCUGUAAAAAUCUGGAAUUUCUAUAUUUAUUUGAUAACCAAAUCAGCCAAAUCCAGAACUUGGACUUUGCUUCAAAUGUAAGGCACCUUUAUCUUCAGAACAAUCGUAUUUCAAGUAUAGAAAAUCUCUCAUCACUGAAAAAACUUGAAAAACUGUAUUUAGGAAGCAACUAUAUCACUAUAGUAGAGGGUUUGGAUAAAGUAGAACUAAGGGAGCUACAUAUCGAAAAUCAGCAUCUCCCUGUUGGCAAAAAGCUUGUGUUUGAUCCAGUGUCUCUUAAUGCCCUGGCAAAAUCUUUGUCUGUAUUGAAUAUCAGCAAUAACAACAUUGAUGAAUUAGAAGAACUGGCAGUUUUGGAAAAUCUUUCUGAUCUUAAAGCAUUCGACAAUCAACUUAAACAUAUGAAGGAUUUGGAGGUUGUAUUGAAAAAAUGGACAAAGCUACGCAGAAUAGAUCUUACAGGAAACCCCAUCUGCAAAAACCCAAAGUACAAGGACAGGAUUAUAGUGCAGUCACUGACUUUAGAAUACCUCGAUGGGAAAGAAAUUAAAGAAAUGGAAAGACGUUUUUUAUUAAAUUGGAAAGCCUCUAGAGCUGCCAGGAUAAAAAACAAUGAAAGAAUGGCAGAUGAACAUGCAGCCUGUGUACAAUUUUCUGACUCUGAAACACCUUCUCUCACUCUUCCUUUCCACCACAGUGACUCUGUGAGAGAACAAGCAGAUUAUUUAGAUUUGGCUCACAAGCAGAAAUUUGAAAGAAAACCUCUGCCAAGAAUCCGUGAAAGAAGUCAGAUGAAAACUCAGGUUGAGGAGAAAUCUGAAGUAACGUCAGAAGUAGUUUGAAUUCUAAAAGCCAGAAGCUACAGGAUGUGAAGAUCUGGCCGUUAUUGAUGUUCUUUUUCUUCCUCAAAGCUUACAAAGAAAGAUACUGGUUUCUCUUUGGAUAUGUUAUCUGUGUCUUUUCAAUCUCAAAACCAGACAAAACUAAGUCCAUUGAACUUAGCACUUCUAAGAACAUUCAGAAAAAUAAGGGGACUUUCUAUUUAUUUGCAAGCAAUGCUUUGUCUCAAAAGCAUGUUAAAACAUCAGCACAUGCUAGGCUAAACUGUUUGCCCAGUACUUGAACUGGUUUUAGCCAGUGCCUGACCUAGUAGCUGCUUCUUUCCCUGUGUGAUACUCAGCAAUUGUGCAGAGGCGUGCUCACAGUAGGGUCACGGAGUCAUUAAGGUUGAAAAAGACCUCUAAGAUCAUGCAGUCCAACUGUAAACCUGACACUGCCAGAUUCACCACUAAACGAUGUGCCCAAACACUACAUCUACACAUUUUUUAACACUUUCCAGGAUGGUGAUUCCAUCAUUUCCCUGGACAGCCUAUUCCAAUACUUGACCAACCUUCCAACAAAGGAUUUUUUCUCAACACCCAGUCUAAACUUUCCCUGGUGCAACUUUAGCCCAUUUCCUCUUGUCCUGUCACUUGUUACUUCAGAGAAAAAAACAGCCCCCAGCAGUCUACAACCUCCUUUCAAGCAGAAAGAAGCUAUUAGCUCAUGAUUUUUGAGAAGAUCUGUAGUCCUGAAAGAUAAUUUCCAUCACUUGGAUAUUUCCAAGUUCUGGUGAAUAAUGUGGUACAGUUAGCAAAGAAGGCACAAGAAGAUUAAUGAUGUCUGUGCUGAUUAAUUUUUUGAUUGGGAGUUUCAUUCAUUAAUGUAACUUCAAAUUCUAUUGGUUUGGUUGCUUUGCACUAGUUUUAGUAAUUAAAUAGAUGCUUGAGACUUCUGAUAUAGGAAAAUUCCUAUCCUACAGGUAAGGAAAGGAAAGCCCAGAUUACAAAUUGCCCCUGGGAAAAAAACUUUCCUAAUGCAGUUUCUCUGUGUGAAUGGCAGGUCAGCAUCUUGUGCAUGCGGCCCUCUCUGAAAUAAGAAAGGAAUUUUUCCUGAAUAAGGAAAUCAGGAUCUGUCUUUUUGCAUGCAAUGUUUUGUGUAUUUUGUUAACAUUUAUAAAGAUAAUUUGGUAUAGAUGAUUAAAAUACAUUUAACUCCUGCAUGUAUUCUCCCCUUGAAUAACAAGAUCUUCAUCUUCAUUAUAAAACCCAAAAUUUCCCAAGCUAAGGCAGUAAAUGAGGGGUACUGUAACGCUGAGAUGCCAAUGCUUCUGUUAAAGUGUCGUGGUUUAAGCCCAGCCAGCAGCCAAGCCCC